AGUCCUUUUCCGUGCAUAAUUUAUUUAGUUUAGUCGGUUUCGUCAAUCCAAGACAUUCGCAAUAGUGAAUGAUUUAGUUGCAUGAAUCACUAAAUAACUGUAUAGUUCUGAAAUUAGGAUUCAAAUCUGUACGGGUACAUCCUGCACAUUUGAAAUCGAACAGUGAUAAUACUUGAUAAUAACCCUCAAUCAAAAUGCAGGACCCCAAUGAGGACACCGAGUGGAAUGAUGUGCUGCGAGCAAAGGGAAUUCUUCCUCCGAAAAAGGAGAAAGAGAUCACUGAAGAUGACAUUAUCGGAAUGAUUGAGAACACCAUUGAGCAGAAACAGAACCAGAACAAAGACCUCGCAAACAUGGGAUUAGACGAGCUAGAUGAGCUGGAAGACUCCGAGGAUGAAGCUGUAUUGCUCGAGUAUCGCAAGAAGCGAAUGGCUGAAAUGCAAGCAAUGGCACAAAAGGCCAAAUUUGGAACAGUGAUGGAGAUUUCUGGUCAGGACUACGUCCAGGAGGUCACCAAAGCUGGGCCUGAGAUCUAUGUGGUUCUGCAUUUAUAUAGUCGAGGUGUUCCUUUCUGUUCGCUGAUCAAUCAACAAUUGAACCAACUGGCCAUGCGGUUCCCGGCAACGAAGUUCAUCAAAGCAAUUGCAACUACUUGCAUUCCUAACUAUCCGGAACGCAAUCUACCGACUAUCUUCGUGUACUACGAGGGCCAAAUGAAGCGGCAAUUGGUGGGUCCGGUUGAACUGGGAGGGCCCAACUUGAGCUGUGAAGAGUUGGAAUAUAUGCUGGGACAGGCCAAGGCCAUCGAUACGACCAUUACGGAAGAUCCUCGUAAGGCAAGGGCCGUGAAGGAUAAGAUGUUCGCGGACUUGGCGGAUAGUAACGAUUGGUGAUCAGUUCAGUUGACGAUUCAUUUCGAAAUCAACAUUUGUAGCUACCAAACCAUUUUUUCCUAUUCAUGCAAUAAACACUAUACAUUUUCAGCUAUUUAUUUGAUAAA